CAAUCUUUUGGCAAAAUAAACAGGACUCUCUCUCUCUCUCCGUGCGUAUUCCCCAUGCCUCUACUGUGGAGUAAAUUGAGUGUAUCCAAUCACCAUUGACCAUUACACCCAAAACCUCCCUAACACGCCGACAUCCUUUCUUAUCCUCACCGGCGUGACAGGGCUUCAUAAUAGACUUACUGCUUGGAUUCAUCAAAUUGGCGAUUUGAAGUCAACAUUUGUGCAUCAGGUGCAGUUUACGAGCUCUUUUGGCCCUCGCUCCCUUAUUUAUUACUAAAAUUGCGAGAUGAAAACCCCCAAGAUCGAGCUUAUAGAUCUUGGAGAAAGCUCUACUUCUUCAGCAUCAAAUGUAAAGCAUUCAAACAAACAACUUUUGGCUAGUGUAACCGUUAAAGGCUCAUAUAAAAUAACAAAAGAAUGGCUAUGGCUGAUUGAAAACCUGGAUGAUUGGAACAGGUUCGCGUGGGGCAGUUUUUUAUGGCAUCACAGUUACGGAGAAUUGAGAAAGAUUUUUGGAAAAAUUGACGACUAUGUCAAAGCAAAUGAAGACAAACAAUUGAAAUAUACGGUGUCUGGAUUUUCGGCACCGUUUAAGAUAUGGAUUUGGGAGAUGUUUCCUUAUAUUCGCGGGAAAUAUUCGAUACGCCAUAAUAAUAAAAAUAUUCCUCGGAUAACACGAUGGGGGCAUAUCAGAAGGUUGACGUGGGUUGAAGUUUGCGACAUUUAUAAUGUCGAUAAGGAUGAGUUGCAUCGGCCUAAGUCUCGGAUGCAUGUGUCCGAAAAUGAGGCUGUUACAGAGUACUAUUUGUCGUACAUCCGGUAUAUGAAUGGUGAUUUGUCCCCAAUUGCUUCCCCUUUGCGGAAUAACUUUAGGAGACAUGAGGUAUCAUCCUCUGGUCCAUCUUUGAGCAGCACUCAUUCUAGCCAUUCACAACAACCACAACCACCACAAGCGACAUUGGACCCCUUAACUGCAGAAGAUUUUGAGAUACGGAUACGUAGAGUAGAGGAGGAACUACGAAAGAGAUCCAUAUAUCCCGGCAUAAAUAUGGACUCAUGUAUUGAGUACCCGUUGGGAACACGAGGACAGAAAACGCAAAAAAGAAACAAAGUUUGUUGUGGGGCUUCCUCUUCAACGAUAGAUUAUGAGGCACGACUGGCUGAAGCUCUUGGUGAUUUAGUAAGUCACCAUGGAUUAUCUUUUAAUGAUUGUAGUAGAGUAGUACCUGCUCUAUCCCAAAACGUGAUCAUGGUUGGUGUUUUCUUACAUCUUCAACUGCCUGAAAAGGGGCUCGGGUUGAUCAGAGAAAUUCUUGCGAGCUUACCUGCUCCAUGACCUCGUUGAGAAGAAGGUGAAUUGUCCCUGUUGUAGUAGUAUUUUCUUUUGGUUUUGUUUCUUUUUAUUAAUCUGUUGAAAAAAUUUGUGAUGUGGUCA